AGAAGUUUCUGAAUUUUUAAAUUCGAAGAACAGGUAGGAUAGCCUUCAACGAAAGCCGAGAGUCCAAACCCCUCACGUCUGUGGGAAGCCGGAGGAUUUCGAUCGUAUCGCCGUUCACAUUCUCCCAUUGUUACUCUGGUUGAUCAAGGUUUGCCAAGUGAAGAGAUGAGUAAUCGCUAUUCCAAGAAUGAUAAGCCUGUCUCAGGCACACCAAGGAAACUAAAGGAGCUUAUGCUUAGAAGUGAUAAUCGCAUUUGUGCAGAUUGUGGUGCUCCAGAUCCCAAAUGGGCGUCAGCUAACAUUGGAGUCUUUAUAUGCUUAAAAUGUAGUGAUGUUCACAGGAGGCUUGGUUCAGAUAUAUCAAAGGUUUUGUCAGUGACAUUAGAUGAGUGGUCUGAGGGUGACAUUGACUCUAUGGUCGAGGUUGGUGGAAAUUCUUAUGCCAAUUCAAUUUAUGAGGCUUUCCUUCCUAAAGAAUAUCCAAAACCAAAACCACACUCAAGUAAUGAGGACCGGACCAAGUUCAUUAGGUCUAAGUAUGAGUUGCAAGAAUUUUUGAAACCAAGUUUGCGCAUUGUCUCCUCAAAAAUGUCUUUCAAAUCUUGUGAUUCUGGAAAGGAUUUUGAUAGCAGUUUCAAUUCAAACAACUCAAGGACGGCAGCAGACAUUGGGGAAUUCGUUGGAUUUUUAAGGGUAAAGGUGAUAAGAGGCACAAAUUUAGCUGUUCGAGAUAUGCUAACGAGUGACCCGUAUGUUGUCUUAACCCUUGGGCAGCAGAGGGUGCAGACAACAGUAAAAAAAAGCAAUUUAAACCCAAUAUGGAAUGAGGAGCUUACGCUAUCAAUUCCUCGACGCUAUGGGGCUUUGAAACUGCUAGUGUUUGAUCAUGAUGUGUUCUCCGCUGAUGAUAUAAUGGGUGAAGCUGAGGUCGAUCUCCAACCGAUGGUAACAGCUGCCAUGGCAUUUGGGGAUGCCAAGCUUCUUGGUGACAUGCAGAUUGGGAAGUGGUUUAAAACGAGUGAUAAUGCACUAAUCAAAGAUAGCACUGUAAACAUCAUUGAUGGGAAUGUAAAACAAGAGGUGUUUCUAAAGCUACAAAAUGUGGAGUCUGGAGAGAUGGAACUUGAAUUGGAAUGGAUCCCUUUGGAUGCAUAAAUUUUUAAUACUUUUCUAUUAUGAUUUGUCAGUACUUACAUUCAUCAGUUUGUAUUUAAUAGCCUUGUUAGGUUUCUUUUAUUAGCUGGUAACCUCAAUGUUAUAUACAUUUCUUGGUGAUUAUUUAAGUAUAUUUUUUGCAUGGAUUAUAUUUCAA